AUGGGCACCAUUAUGACAUCUGGGAAUUCGCAGCGUCCAAUUAGAGGGGGAAAUCUCAGAAAGAAAGAUGGGGGAAGCAUUUUCUGUCUAUUGGUGGGACUUUCUCUGGCUUUGGCCGAAAUAACACAACUUCAGUUGACCGACUGUGGUUCCAGUAGUGAUGUCGUUAUUCGUAGCGUUUCUGUGACCCCUAUGCCGGUGCAGGUCCCGGGUGACAUACAUCUCUCCGUUGAUGCCAGUCUGACAAAUACCAUUGGAAGCUCAAGAAUGUCCCUCUCUGUUAAAAGGAAAACGUUUCUAGGACUGGAAGUUCCGAUCCCGUGUCUGCUCCACGUCGGCUCCUGUACGUACAAUGAUCUUUGUACAACGGUUAACCAGAUGAUCACCGAGGACUGGGCUGGAAUAAUGGGGGGUAUCGGUAAACAAAUCCAGACUAUGCUGAGCAGCGUGGGGGUCAAUGCUAGUCAGUGUCCCCAGCCCGCUAGGGAUCUCCGUAUCAACGACUACACCAUCAGUAUCCCAAGUAUUCCAUCUGUUCUCACCUGGUUUGCAGCGGGUGACUACCAUGUGAAUGUAAAAGUGAACGAGAACGCCACGGGGAAACAGCUGGUUUGCCUGGACCUCCAGCUCUCCGUCACACAACACAAAGAGCCGGGGAGUUCCGGAUGGCUGCUUGGAAGACGAAAAAGACUUUCUCAACACUGAUAUUGUCCAACUGACAUCAAUGUGUUAAAUAAAGUUAUCAUUGUUCCA